UACCACAACUCGCAAGAGUGAAAAAGUUCCAAUCCAAAAUGGCUUUCGCCACUCGUUUCUUCUCAAGAUCCGCUCGUCAGGUGUAUACUGGGCAGAUGAUUCUGCGAACGGAGCAGGUGAUUUCUGCUCGUUCAUUUGCCAAAUCAGCUGGUUCUGCUCCCUCUGCCUUAAAGGGUGACGAGAUGUUGAAGGGCAUUUUUCUGGAGGUUAAAAAGAAAUUUGAGACAGCCCUAGGGAUUCUCCGAAAAGAGAAGAUCACCAUAAAUCCUGAUGAUCCUGCUGCUGUGUCUGAAUAUGCCAGAGUCAUGAAGACUGUAAGAGAGAAGGCUGAUCUGUUUACAGAGUCACAGAGGAUUAAAUACACAAUUGAGUCACGAACACAAGGUAUUCCAGAUGCUAGAUCUUAUUUACUGGCAUUGAAGGAGAUAAGGAUCAAGAGGGGUCUCACUGAUGAACUGGGUGCAGAGGCUAUGAUGAUGGAUGCAUUAGACAAAGUUGAGCAAGAGCUAAAGAAACCACUUUUGAGGAAUGAUAAGAAGGGAAUGUCCCUCCUAAUGACAGAAUUUGAUAAGAUCAACCAAAAGCUUGGCAUACGUAGAGAAGAUCUGCCCAAAUAUGAGGAACAGUUGGAACUCAAAAUUGCAAAAGCUCAGCUGGAAGAGCUGAAGAAGGAUGCUGUUGAAGCAAUGGACACUCAGAAGAAGCGGGAGGAGUUCAAGGAUGAAGAAAUGCCAGAUGUGAAGUCAUUAGACAUCCGGAACUUCAUUUGAGACUGAAAUUUACUUCCAAGUCGUUUCUUUUCAUUUUUCCACCUUCGGCAGACGACUCGUGCGAUUAAAAGGAGGUAUUGUGCUUCUGAAAGAUUGAGAGUAUUGAAGACAAUAAGGACUUGCCUGUUAAUAAUAAUAUGGCAGAAAUUUGCUCUGCAUAUAUAUUGAAUCUUGGUUAUCUAUUGCAACAUUUCUUGUUUUCUGCACGAGUUCUCGAGUGGAACACCAAUUCUAAUGUAUUCAUAUUUGGUAGGAAGUUAUGCUCUUGAAGCAAUGGACACUUAAGAACAUCAGUUGCAUAAAUUAUCAUCACUGAACAUUUGUAUGUAGCUUUUUUCCCGGUUG